AAACUCAAAGAAUGAUUAAACCUGUUGCAGCUGCAGCCCAGUCGGUCCCUUACUAUAUUUCAGGAAGUUUAUUUCGGCACUCCUUAGUUCCUCUAGUUCAACAUACGGGUUGUGUAGCUCCUACGGUUUCUUCAACACAUUAGGGAGAACGGGUGAAGUGGAAAGAGUGAGGAAACCUAAUAUAUGGAAUGGCAAUAUCUAAGAACGGCUUGACCAUCUGUGCCCUUCUCGUGACACUUGCUGUUUUUGAAACAUGGGACUUCAUUGAAUUUCCAUGUCUGGUUACGCCGGAACUUCACAAAGAACUCCUACCUCACACUAGACAGAGAAGAACUGUUCCAACAGGCAAGUGGAAAUACAGCAUUGAUGUCAUAGUGAAUGUCUCUGAUGCACAAACCUUUGAGCUGAUUCGCUCGUCCUUGAAUGCUACUGAUCUUCCCGCACAAAUCGAUAACCAAACGGAGAUCUCGGACAUCAGUAUCACAACCGUGUGUUCGUCAACUGACUCUGGUUUCCAGUGCAGAUGUGAGGAACAGUUUGCUUGGCCGUACAGCACCUGUGUCACAUACGGGGCCUGUGAACGCACGUGGAGCAGCAUUUGUAAAUGCAUCAAUGCUAUUCCGCCCGGCAACCAGUCCUGUCAGCCGAUAUCAGCGCUGCUAACUCAGGUCGAGUAUGACGUGGAGGUGGAGCUGAACGUGACAGAUGUUGCGACAGUGGACUACCUCAGGAGCCUAUUGAACAACAACAGCUUCUCGUUCAACCUGGGUCCUCUUGUGAAUGUCACAAACAUCGACAUCAACACAGGUAAGAACGGAGCACCCGCUGAUUUGAUGGGAGCCUUUUUAGUCAGAUGUGUGUUGUUCUAAGAUUGUUAUGUAUCUUUAUUCUAAAGCAAUUUCAUUCAUUCAUUCAGCACCACACCUGGCAUUCUAUUGGUUGGGGAAUUUUGAAAGACUUGUUGCAGGAAAAAAAAGAGCACAGAAAAAGCAUGAAUGUGAGGAGAAGAGCUGAAGCUGGAAGUCUAAGCACAAGCUGGGUAUAUUA